UCAAUUUUAGGAUUAUUACUUGUUGCUGUUGUCUUGAUACAUUGCUCGGUUUUGCUCCUUCUUGUCUCUUCAUACUAAGAAUGGAAAACAACGAAUUCAAAGAUGAACAACAGGAAAUCUACGAAUCCUUUAUCUGCUGCGUUUGUCUGGAUCUGUUAUACAAGCCCAUUGUGCUAGCUUGUGGCCAUGUAUCAUGUUUCUGGUGUGUCCAUAAAUCAAUGAAUGAUUCGUCCGAAUCCCAUUGUCCAACAUGUAGGCAUACAUACUAUCACUUUCCAACAAUCUGUCAACUGCUUCACUUUUUGCUUCUUAAGACAUAUCCCGCAGCUUACAAAAGAAGGGAAAAUCAGACACUUGAGGAAGAAGAGGAAGAGGAUUGUUUCUCCCCUCAAUUUAUAUGUGAUCGUCCUGAGAAUUCGCCUACCAGUACUACCAUAAAUCAGACGUCUAACUCAUGCAGCACAGAAUCUUUAGAAAGUAUGGAGCAAUCACGGUCUGCAAAUCAUAACGGCGAUGAAGGCAUCAUUUCAGUUGAAGGAAAAAAAUUGCCUCAAAAUGAGCACAAUCAGCAACCAAAAAUAUUAGUUGCAGAUUUAACAUGUCCAAUGUGCAAGCAAAUGCUCAUUCAUCCUGUUGGUCUUAAUUGUGGACAUGUAUACUGUGAGACUUGUAUCACCGACUUACCUCAUGAGGUGCUUAUAUGUCAAGUUUGUCAAAGUCCACAUCCUGGAGGAUUUCCAAAAGUUUGUUUGGCUCUUGACCAAUUUUUAGAGGAGCAAUUUCCAGAAGAGUACACACUGAGAAGAGAUGCAAUUCAACCUAGCCAAAUCAAAGUCCAACCUGAGACCACAUCUUCUUGUUCGUUGUCCAAGGACAAUGGAGAAAUAAUAGCUUUGGGGUCUAAUCCUGAAUUGUUAGUUCACGAAGGAGCUGGUUGUGAUUUUUGCGGGAUGUACCCAAUAAUAGGGGACAGAUAUAAAUGUGUUGACUGUAAAGAGAUUAUCGGCUUUGAUCUUUGUGGUGAUUGCUAUAAGAACCGUGCAAAGCGUCCAGGCCGAUUCAACCAGAAGCACACCCCUGACCACAAGUUAGAGCUUGUACUGGCUGAUGACACUGAUUUUUCAGAUUUAGAGCUUGUACAGGAUGAGGAUGACACUGAUUCUUCAGAUUUAAUAGUUAUACAGUAUGACACUGAUUCCUCUACUGAUGAAGAAUAAAAUCAGAGUGACUCCGACGCCACCAACCGAAAAAUUGAAAUCACAAAAUCCCAUUAUCUUUUGGUGUUACUCAUUAGGGAUCCAAUGCUUCAUAUUUCAAUCCACUUAAGUUGUGAAUCCUCAAAUCCACAUGGUCUAUCUGGUUUUACUGAUUUGUGCAUAUUGGUAUAUAGCAAUUUGUGGCUGUUUUUGUAUGAGCUAGAUAUAGGCAAAUUGUGUUGACUUAGUCCUUGACAAUAAGCAUAUACCUUUAUUGAUAA